GCUCUCAGGGCCCAACCAAGUCGAACCCAACCGUCCCAUUUCAGCUCUCCCAAACAUCAUAAUACCCCUCCAUGCCGUCUUCUCCCAAUCCAUAUCUUCCUUCCCUCCAUGGCCAAAGACAAGAAACGUAGCACCUCCUGCUUUCUUAGCUGUUUCGGAACAUCCGAGGACCGGGAACCGAUGACCGGGACUCGAUCCAACAGUGAUAAGAACAAGUCGCGGUGUCUUUCCCUGUCGAGGGUCUGGAUCAAGAAGUCCGGCGCCAAAACUGUGCCCGUCGACACGACCACCACCAUAGUCAUAGCUGCCACCGACGACGUCGCGUCCGAGAAGGCCGAGGCUAAGCGGAGAUAUGACGAGUCAAAGUCAAAGGUGAGGCGGAGUAAGUCGUCAGAGAAGCUUACUGGCUCGAAGAGGCGGACGUUCCAGGCGGUUGCGACAGCGGUGGCUGCAUCGGAUCAACGUAGGCCGCGAGAGACUGUGUUUAUGGCACAGAUAAGGAGUGAAGUUUCAUCUGAGCAUGAUCUGGUACUGGAAAGCCGGAUGGAUCACCCGGAACCCGAACGAAAUGUAGCUUGUAAGCUUCAUAGAGGGCUCUCCUUCUGCCGGAAGAUUGAGUCCAUAAAGGCCGGUGUCGUCGGGUCGAGUCAACCGGCCUCGCCCAUCAGGCAGACUCGACCCGGCAAGAUAUCCCCCUCGGCUUCCUUCCCUGCCCCAGCAGCUCCACCACACAAGAAGCCACGAGAAUGGACUGACGGUGUUUCCAGGAGCCUCGACUCGAUCGUGGGCAUGUCGAUAAUCAUGGUGACACUAAUCAUAAUGGUCUUCUGGGGCCGGCUCUGUGCAAUCCUUUGCACGUGCUCGUGGUUCUAUUUCGUCCCUCAGAUGCGAUCAAUGGGCAGAUCAUAUAGCCGUGAUGGUGACGAGCCACACCCGGACUGGAACGGAUUGGACCUCAGCUCGGAGGAGUACAAGAAGAAGGUGGUGUUGGAAGGAUUCCUAGAAAGGGACCGCCGGAGUUCGUUGCGGGAAAGGGAGUUAGUUAAGGGGUCAAUUUGAGAGCCGUCAAAAGAGUAAGGCUUCGUUUGAGAAAAUUAUAGACUUCACACCUGACUUGAUCUUUAAUUCGACCCCCGAAGUUCACUCCUUUUCUCAAUAUUCCCAAUACAGCUCCAUCUAUCUCGAUUUAUCCCAAUGCUCGAUAACAUGUUUGGCUUGGAACGACACCCUAGUACCACAUGAAAACGUUUUCAGAGAAAUAGGCUGCUAGGUCAUGAUAUAGGAGGAAAAUACAAACAAUCAAGAUAUAGGAAUAAUUUUUUUAGUACUGAAUUAAAUUGUUCUCGUGUAUAGGUUUUCACGUAAACUGUAAAAGAAUAUUUUGCUUGCUUCUCUUAAGACGUUUUUGCCAGUAUCACUAUCAACUAUAUGAAUUACACAGAGUAAUCCUGAUCCGAGGAUUACUCUGAUCAAAACUUUGACAGAUGUAUUUGAAACCAAACCAAAUUAUUCACCGCUGCCUGCUGGAUGGUGUUUUUGUAAAUUACAUGUGGGGUGAGGCCCAUAUGUGUAAAAUAGGGGUUUAGUUGGGUCUUCGAGAAGUAUACAUGUACAUUUGUCUUUGUUUUUUUUAAUUAAUAAUAUUUUAUUUUCCAAUUUUUUUU